AUGGAGACUGCGCUAGCAAAAACGGCAGAGAAAAGGCAAGUUGCUUUUCUUGCUUUGCUAUUGCUUGUGUGGGGGUCUGGUUGUGAGACAAUUCGAUAUUCCAUUCCAGAAGAAACAGAAAGUGGCCACUUUGUGGCCAACUUGGCAAAAGAUCUGGGGCUGAGGGUGGGGGAGUUGGCCACUCGCAGCGCGCGAAUCCAUUACAAAGGAAACAAACAGCUCUUGCAGCUAGAUGUAAAGACAGGCAGUUUGCUCCUGAAUGAAAAGCUGGACAGGGAGGUGCUGUGCGGGGCGACAGAACCCUGUCUAAUGCAUUUCCAAGUCUUACUGGAAGACCCAGUGCAGAUUUUUCAAGCUGAUUUGCACCUCACAGAUAUAAACGACCAUUCUCCAGAGUUCCUAGAGAGAGAGAUGCUCCUAAAGAUUCCAGAGAGCGCGCAUCCAGGGACAGUGUUCCCUCUGAAAGCAGCGCAGGACCUCGACAUAGGAAGCAACACUGUCCAGAAUUACACAAUCAGCCCUAACCUUAAUUUUCAUGUGGUUACUCAUCACCGCGGAGAUGGCAGGAAAUAUCCAGAGCUGGUGCUGGAUAAGGCGCUGGACAGGGAGGAGCAGGCUGAGCUCAGCCUCAUUCUGACUGCGCUAGAUGGUGGGGCUCCACCCAGCUCUGGGACCUCCACAGUGCGCAUAGAAGUCGUGGACAUCAAUGAUAACGCCCCUGAAUUUGUACAGUCGCUCUAUGAGGUGCAGGUUCCUGAGAACAGCCCGAUGGAUUCUUUAGUUGUCACUGUCUCUGCUCGAGAUUUAGAUGCAGGAACGCAUGGUAGUGUGGUCUAUGCUCUAUUCCAAGAAGAUGAAGUUUCUCAACCAUUUGUGAUAGACAAAAUGACAGGAGAAAUACGCCUGAAAAAGAUGUUGGAUUUCGAGGAAGUUCCACAUUAUGACCUUGAGGUUAUAGCCACAGAUAGUGGGGGCUUUUCAGGAAAAUGUUCUGUGGCCAUACAGGUGUUGGAUAUGAAUGACAAUGCCCCACAACUGACCAUGUCAACGGCCAGGAGCUCCAUACCAGAAAACUCACCAGAGAUUGUAGUUGCUGUUUUCAGUGUAUUUGAUUCAGAUUCUGGGGAUAAUGGGAAGAUGAUUUGUUCUAUUCAAAAUGAUCUCCCAUUCCUCCUGAAACACACAUUUGAGAACUUUUACACCCUAGCAACAGAGAGGCCCCUGGACAGAGAAAUAAGAGACCAAUACAACAUCACCAUCACUGUCACCGACUUGGGGACUCCCAGGCUGCAAACCCAGCACACCUUCACCCUGCAGGUGUCCGACGUGAACGACAACGCCCCCGAAUUCACGCAGUCGUCCUACACCCUGUGGGUCCGCGAGAACAACAGCCCCGCUAUGCACUUAGGGACAGGCUUUGCUGUGCAGGAGGAGCAGGGCGCGCUCGCUGGCCGGCUGCGCGCUGCCCGAUGGCCCCUUGCCUGGACACCUGCUGGACCUGAGUGGCACGGGGACCCUGGCCCACAGCUACCAGUAUGA